CUUGUGUUUCAUGCACCCAACACACUAAACAUGGCUUCCUUAACCUUCCUAGUGUCACUCCUUCUUGCUCUUGUCAUUCCUCAUGGGUUUGCCAACUAUGAGACACCUCCAAUUUAUCAACCACCCGUAAAAACACCUCCAAUCUACAAGCCACCAGUAGAGAAACCUCCCGUCUACAAACCACCUGUUGAGAAGUCUCCUGUUUACAAACCACCAGUAGAGAAGCCACCUGUGUAUAAACCACCAGUUGAAAAACCUCCUGUUUACAAACCUCCUGUUGAAAAACCUCCCGUUUACAAACCACCUACAGAAAAGCCACCAGUAUACAAACCACCAGUUGAGAAGCCUCCGGUUUACAAGCCACCAGUAAAAAACCCUCAUGUGUACAGACCUCCAGUUGAAAAGCCUCCAGUCUACAAGCCACCAGUUGAGAAACCUCCAACAUACAAGCCACCAGUUGAGAAACCUCCGAUUUAUAAGUCACCGGUUGGGUAUCAGCCACCAGUUUACACUCCUCCUCCGUAUUAGAAAAUGCUAUUAAGGAAGUAUGCUAAAUAAGAAAUAUAUAAGGUUUACAAAGCAUGGAAUCUAUAUUCUUGUAAUCUUUAUUUCAAUCCUUUGUUUACAAUGUCAUUGCGGAAACAAGAAUGUGAAUGUAAAACUGAAAAAAAAUUGUGCUUUUGUUCUCUAUAUUAUAAAUAAAAGCAUCAUGGUUUAAA